CCCAGUAACAGAGAUACCCCAGAGAGAUGUCCCCGUCCUCUGUAUUCCCAGGAUUGUACAGAGGAGAAUCACAGGAUCUCACAGGAGGAUCAGGUAGAACGUCUGUCUGAUAUUACAACAGAAGAUAUAAAGGGAGAAGAUGAGACAUAUGUGACUGAUAUAAAGGCAGAAGAUAUAGAGGGAGAAGAAGAGACGUAUGUGACUGAUAUAAAGGCAGAAGAUAUAGAGGGAGAAGAAGAGACGCAUGUGACUGAUAUAAAGGCAGAAGAUAUAGAGGGAGAAGAAGAGACUUAUGUGACUGAUAUAAAGGCAGAAGAUAUAGAGGGAGAAGAAGAGACGUAUGUGACUGAUAUAAAGGCAGAAGAUACAGAGGGAGAAGAAGAGGAGACGUAUGUGACUGAUAUAAUGGCAGAAGAUAUAGAGGGAGAAGAAGAGGAGACGUAUGUGAGGGGUGAUCAGCAGUGUAAGGAGGAGGAGAUCCCUACAGAUAUCAGCACAGCAGAUGGACACACAAGCAGGAAUAUCUCAGAAGGACAUCUAAUGUUAUCCCCGGAUUGUGACAUAAAAGAUAAUGACAGUAGACAGGAUUCUCCAGGAGCUAACCCCAUUACCCCAAUUAUACAUCCAGCUUUGUCAGCUGAUCCCUCUGAUCCUGGGAAAUGUUCUCCUGAUCACUCUGAUAUUGGUGCAUCUGUUACAGCUCUGAGAGUAGAUACAGUGUUUCCCUGUUCUAUAGAUGCCAAAUGUUUUACACAGAACACAGAGCUUAUUACCCAUCAGCCAGCUAAGGCAAGGGAGAGGCCAUUUCCAUGUUCUGAGUGUGGGAAAUGUUUUACAUACAAAUCAGCUCUUGUUACACAUCAGAGAAGUCACACAGGUGAGAAACAAUUUCCAUGUUCUGAGUGUGGGAAAUGUUUUGCACAGAAAUCAGAUCUUGUUAGUCAUAACAGAAGUCACACAGGUGAGAGGCCAUUUCCAUGUUCUGAGUGUGGAAUUUUUUUUGCACAAAAAUCACAUCUUGUUAAACAUCGGAGAAGUCACACAGGUGGAAAGCCAUUUUCUUCCUCUGAGUGUGGGAAAGGUUUUGCACAAAAAUCAGAUCUUAUUAAUCAUAACAGAAGUCACACAGGUGAGAAUCCAAUUACUUGCUCUGAGUGUGGGAAAUGUUUUACAUGGAAAUCACAACUUGUUAUACAUCAGAGAAGUCACACAGGUGAGAAGCCAUUUCCAUGUUCUGAGUGUGGGAAAUAUUUUGCACACAAAUCAGAUAUUGUUAAACAUCAGAGAAGUCACACAGGUGCAAAGCCAUUUUCUUGCUCUGAGUGUGGAAAAUGUUUUACACAGAAAUCACAUCUUGUUAGACAUCAGCAAAGUCACACAGGUGAGAAUCCAUUUCCAUGCUGUGAGUGUGGGAAAUGUUUUCAACACAAAUCAGCUCUUGUUAUACAUCACAGAAGUCACACAGGUGAGAAGCCAUUUCCAUGUUCUGAGUGUGGGAAAUGUUUUGCACACAAAUCAAAUCUUGUUAUACAUCAGAGAAGUCACACAGGUGCAAAGCCAUUUUCUUGCUCUGAGUGUGGAAAAUGUUUUACACAGAAAUCACAUCUUGUUACACAUCAGCAAAGUCACACAGGUGAGAGUCCAUUUCCAUGCUGUGAGUGUGGGAAAUGUUUUCAACACAAAUCAGCUCUUGUUAUACAUCACAGAAGUCACACAGGUGAGAAGCCAUUUCCAUGUUCUGAGUGUGGAAAAUGUUUUGUACGCAAAUCAAAUCUUGUUAAACAUCAGAGAAGUCACACAGGUGAGAAGCCAUUUUCUUGCUCUGAGUGUGGGAAAUGUUUUACACAGAAAUCACAUCUUGUUAGACAUCAGCAAAGUCACACAGGUGAGAAUCCAUUUCCAUGCUGUGAGUGUGGGAAAUGUUUUGCACACAAAUCAUCUCUUGUUAGACAUCAGCAAAGUCACACAGGUGAGAAGCCAUUUCCAUGUUCUGAGUGUGGGAAAUGUUUUGCACAAAAAUCAGAUCUUGUUAAACAUCAGAGUAGUCACACAGGUGAGAAGCCUCUUUCUUGAUCUGAGUGUGGGAAAUGUUUUACACGGAAAUCACAACUUGUUAUACAUCAGAGAAGUCACACAGGUGAGAAUCCAUUUCCAUGCCCUGAAUGUGGGAAAUGUUUUGCACACAAAUCAGAUCUUAUUAGUCAUAACAGAAGUUACACGGGUGAGAAUCCAAUUACUUGCUCUGAGUGUGGGAAAUGUUUUAAAUGGAAAUCACAACUUGUUAUACAUCAGAGAAGUCACACAGGUGAGAAGCCAUUUUAAUCCUCUGGAGUAUACUUAUUGCCAUGCGUUGUUCUUCAAGGUUCUUAUCCUAUCUCCUAUGCUUUUUGCAAUAAUACAUGCUACCGCAGGGUGAAAUAAUCAGAUGUCAUGCCCUCAUCUACCACUGCUAUGCAGAUCUGUCUUUUGCUCCGGGUACUGAGAACCCAGUACCAAUCCUAAAUGUCUAGCUGAGCUCCAGGUGUGGUGGGUGAUGCCAGUUGGCUGUGACUCAGUCCUGGUGAAACAGGUCCUUAUGAUAGAAGCUCACCAACAAAGGGCAGGGCUACAGCUCAACUUUGUGAACCAACCAGGCUUGCGCUUGGGGGUUCAGAGUUACAAAAUGCUGAUAAUGGGAGUCAUUCCGAGUUCGUUCGUUGACGAUUUUCGCUAUGCUGCAAUUAGUUGCAAAUUGCGCAUGUGAAAGGCACGCAGGGCGCAUGCGCUUAGUUAUUUAACACAAAACUUAGCAGUUUUGCUGUGGCUUCUGCGGCGCUUUUCAGUCGCACUGGUGUUCGGUAAAUGAUUGACAGGAAAGGGGAGUUUCUGGGUGGUAAGUCUGCGUUUUACAGGCGUUUGCAAAAAAAACGCAGGCGUUUCAGGGAAAACGCGGGCCGAACGCAGGGCGUGUUUGUGACGUCAAACCAGGAACUAAACAGACUGAGCUGAUCGCAAUUCGUGAGUAGGUCCGCAGCUACUCAGAAACUGCAAAGAAUUAUUUAGUAGCAAUUCUGCUAAUCUUAUGUUCGCAAUUCUGCUAAGCUAAGAUGGUAUCCGGACUCCAGGUCGACAACACAAAGGUCGACACACCUUAGGUCGACAUGGACAAAAGGUCGACAUGAGUUUUUCACGAUUUUUUUCUUUUUUUGAACCUUUUCAUACUUAACGAUCCACGUGGACUACGAUUGGAACGGUAAAGUGUGCCGAGCGAAGCGAAGGCACCAUGCCCGAAGCAUGGCGAGCGAAGCGAGCCAUGCGAGGGGACGCGGUGCACUAAUUGGGGUUCCCGGUCACUCUACGAAGAAAACAACACCAAAAAAACAUAAAAAACUCAUGUCGACCUUGUUCCUGUCGACUUUUCUCCAUGUCGACCUCAGGUGUGUCGACCAAUUGGCGUCGACCUAAAGUGUGUCGACCUUUGUGCUGUCGACCCUCAGUCCCAGACCCGCUAAGAUACACUCCCAGAGGGCGGCGGCCUAGCGUGUGCAAUGCUGCUAAAAGCAGCUAGCGAGUGAACAACUCGGAAUGAGGGCCCAUGUGCGGAAUCUUGAUGUCCUGGAUGGUGGAGUGACACUUAGACAUCAGGUAUCAGCUACAAUCAGAUCCUCAUCUGAGGAACAUAGCCAAACUCCAGCACUUAUUUCCCUCAGAAGAUCUACCUACAGUCAUACAUGCACUUGUAUUAUCACACUUUGGGGGUCAUUCCGACCUGAUCGUUCACUGCAGUUUGUCGCAGCGAUCGGGUCGGAACUGCACCGGCGCAUGCCAGUCAUCGUUGCCUAGUGAUCGCCUCUUAGACAGAGGGAGGGGGUUGGUCGCGUUCUGGCCAAUGCAGGCGUGGCUGGACCGUUGGGGGGGCGGGCCAUGGCGGCAGUGAAGAACAACUCCCGGCCAGCCGCAGGAGCUGAACUGGUUGGGAGUUACUCCAGAAGUACAAAAGCAUUGCCGCUGUACGAUGCUUUUGUAUUUGUGCGGGAUGGGGGGGCGGCACUGACCUGCAGGGCGGACUAGCCCUGAGCGGGGCGUUUCCCCCGCAUGUCAGGGAAGAUGAUCGUAGUUGUGCUAAAUUUAGCCCAGCUCUGAUCAACUUGGAAUGACCCUAUAGACUACCGCUUGUACAGAGUGUAACAGCCAGGCUGUCACCUAACCAGCCCGUUCCUGCCACAUAACACCCAUUCUCUACUCCCUCCACCGGCUGCCUGUAAGAUGGUGACUCGGGGGGCUAAUUCAGGUUGGAUCGCAGUGUGUGAUAGAACUAGAAUUAUUCAGAAAAAGUUGCAGGUGUAUCCACUGCGCCCAUCCUGUGCAUGCUCCCAUAUUUUCUGUGGAGGGGCCACAGAAAAUGUGAUUGCCUGUCAGGCAGAGGCGGUCACGAGUGUGGGUGGGCAAUGCUCCAUUUCCAGGGAGGAGGCAGUGUAGCGCGAAUGGAGCGCAGAGGCGGACAAAUGGGCAUGAUCACGGUGGCUGUGACAUCACGUGCAGCUGCCAUGAUCGAGAAGAAUGCGGCGGGCCUCCUGCGGGUGCAGCUAAGCUGCAGCAUCAGGAGGCUUCACUAACUUCUACGAUGAAGCAGUAAUUGUGAGGCAAUCGCAUUUUCUGCUUCAAGGGGGAGGCGGCGCUCAGCAUGCUGGGUGGCCUUGCGCUGCGAUGGGCGCCCCCCAGCACGCUAGGAAAAGGAUUGCUAAUUCUGCUAAUUAGCAGCAUCUGCAAUCCUUACUGAAUUAGACCCUCUAUUAAAUAAUCUCACAGACUCUCCCAGCCUUGCAUGACCAUGGUACCAGAAGCAGCUUCUCCUUCCUUACUUCCCGGGUUUCUUCCAUCUGUUGAUGAAGGACUGUUAGCAGUACCAUAAAUUCCCAAGCAGUGCUUAGAUGUCAGGGGAGACAGGGUGGGUGGCAGUAGUGCAGUAGCGGGGGCUGCUGGAGGCAGUGUCUAAGUGGGUAAUAUUGUCCCCAAGCAGCGCUGUGGAGGGAGACAGGGCAGGGGGUAGUAGUGGUAGCUACCAGGGGCUGCUGGAGGCAGUAAAGAGGUGUAUGUGUUCCGCACAGAAUCAGUUGAUAAUUAGACUUAAAGAUGAUUAUGCUUCCUUAUUUCUAAUUAAUCCCUUGUAUGUGUUACUGUUAUUUGCUGUGUCUGCCUUUAUGUGUGUUCUGUGUAAUAAUCCUGAAAGUAGUGCUGCUACCGAUCUCAUAUCAUUUGUUGUAACUUGGAAAAGAUGAGAUAUGAGGUGCACCCUGGAAGCUUAUAGGGGGUUAAUCAGAGAUGAAUGCAGAUGUGACAUCACACAGCCCCCCAGAAAAUGGUCCCGGCCCCCCUGCGUUCACACCUCAGGGAUGCGGCCACAAUGAGUGUGUCUGCGUGGCCGCUGUGCUUGUGCAUUUUGCCACCACCGGGUAAACUGCUGCGGGACGCUAUUGCGGAUGGGUCUGAAUGACCCCCACAGGCUGUUGUGCAGAGUAAAGUAUUUUUUAAGUUUAUUUCAUAUCUUUAAUACACAGAUUUAUGUCUAUAUUUUAAAGUCAUUUAAAAUCAAAAGAUUUCCGGUGCAAUUUUGGCUAUGUCCGAUGUUGACAGCGCAUUUGAAUAGUUGGAUGAUUUUACGGGGUGAAGGGGGUCUCUGUGUAAUUAAAUAGUUUUAUCAUUUGUUGGUUUUAAAUAAUUUAUGUCUAUUCAAAUGUUCUGGGGUUUUUUUUUACUUGUAGGGGAAUUAGGGUUGUUAUAUUUAAAAAAAAAAAAACUUACCUGACCCUCGCCGGGAAAUGUCCAUGUAUGAAGGUAUGGGAGAUACCUGCUGCAGUCCCUUCUACUUACAUUUGGGGGGUCCGUAUUUUGGGGGGAAUUAGCAGCAAAUAGUAAAUGAUACAUUGGCUCCAUAACGUCUCGCUGACCCUCUGAUUUUUACAAAAAUAUGUUACACAA